CACUACGCGUCGCAUCCACGCAACACUUACUUACAGCUUCCAGUUUUGAUUUCAUAAAGCUUACUGCUUUUAACUUUUUAUAUAAAAAGAUACUACAUUAAUAUUACUAUAAGCUUUUUUCCCAAAGUAACUUUACGGUUUUGCCCCCCUAGCCUCUUCCUUUUCCCUCUAUAUUUUUUCUUGCACCCUCAACCAGAAACUCUCAGAUACUUGGUGAGAGAAUAACACACAGUCUUCUUGAUUCAGCAACCAUGGCGAUGGUGAUCACACUCCCUUGUGCCACUACAGCUUUGUUAUUCGCUAGUCUCUUGCUCACCUUUAAUCUUGCAAAAUCUCAAUCGUUCAUCGGCAUAAACUACGGCCAAGUUGCCGACAACCUUCCGCCGCCGUCAGCCACAGCGAAGCUACUCCAAUCGACAUCGAUUGAGAAGGUCCGAUUAUAUGGAUCGGACCCGGCUAUUAUCAAAGCCCUUGCGAACACCGGCAUCGGAAUUGUCAUUGGUGCUGCUAACGGCGAUAUUCCGGCACUUGCUUCCGAUCCCAACUUCGCUAAAAGUUGGGUUAACUCAAAUGUCGCUCCUUUCUAUCCAUCCAGCAAGAUUAUCUUGAUCACCGUCGGCAACGAGGUCAUGACCUCCGGUGACCAGAACCUGGUGAACCAGCUCGUUCCGGCGGUGCAGAAUGUCCAAAAUGCCCUCGAUUCCGUAUCAUUGGGCGGGAAAGUCAAGGUCUCGACCGUUCAUUCCAUGGCGGUGCUCCGGCAAUCAGAACCUCCGUCCUCCGGAAGCUUCCACCCGGACUAUAUUCAGGCGUUAAAAGGUCUCUUAUCCUUCAAUAACGCCACCGGUUCGCCGUUCGCGAUCAACCCAUACCCGUAUUUCGCUUACCGGGACGACCCAAGACCCGAAACGCUGGCGUUUUGUCUCUUUCAACCCAACGCUGGGCGUUACGAUUCCAACACAAAGAUCACGUACAUGAACAUGUUUGAUGCCCAGGUGGAUGCCAUCCGAUCUGCAUUGAACUCAUUGGGGUUCAAGAACGUGGAGAUCGUAGUUGCAGAGACCGGCUGGCCCUACAAAGGAGAUAGCAACGAGGUUGGCCCAAGUGAGGAGAACGCCAAAGCCUAUAACGGAAACCUGAUUGCCCACCUCCGUUCCAUGGUCGGAACCCCAUUGAUGCCGGGGAAAUCAGUCGAUACGUACCUGUUUGCUCUGUACGACGAGGACUUGAAACCAGGCCCGGGUUCCGAGCGUGCUUUUGGUCUAUUCAAGCCCGAUCUUUCCAUGACUUACGACGUAGGCCUUUCUAAAAGCAGCAGCCAGAGCCCAUCGUCACCGAAGACCCCAGUGACUCCAUCGUCACCGAAAACCCCAGUGACUCCAUCAUCACCAUCACCAUCACCGAAGGCAAAAAAGACUGUUUGGUGUGUUCCAAAAGCGGGAGUUUCAGAUGCCCAAUUACAGGCAAACAUAGAUUAUGUUUGUGGACAUGGAUUUGACUGUAGUCCAAUUCAACCGGGCGGUGCUUGUUUUGAGCCCAAUACUGUGGCGUCCCACGCUGCUUACGCCAUGAAUAUCCUUUACCAAACAGCUGGUCACGAUCCAUGGAAUUGUGAUUUCUCCCAAACAGCCACUCUCUCCUCCAAUAAUCCCAGCUACAAUGGCUGCACCUACCCUGGUGGCAGUACCUGAAUUUAAUAUCUAAAGCAUAAACGAAUAAAAGGUUGUUUUUGUUUGUGUUGUUGUUAUUGUGUUGAAGAAGGAAGAAGUAGUUGUUUUACUCUAAAUAUGGGGUUUGUGAAAAGUAAUUAUAUACUUGAUUGAAGUUAGGUAGCAAAGCUCUAAUAUAGUAAAGGCUUUCGUAAUCGUAUAUAUAUAGAUGUAUAUGUAACUGUACAAGGGAGACUGGAGAAAGUGUAUCAUGUAUUGGAUUUUAAUGGUUGAAAUUCUACUAUCAUAAAAAAUUUAAAUCUUCGUGGGAAUUAUUAUCUUUCUAUAAUGGCAUGUAAUUUUGUAUAUUAAGUUGAUGUAAAAGAG